AUGGAAUUUGAAGCCUCCAAUCUACACCAAAAGAGGAGAAAACACACCACCCAUACUCCACUUCCGUCUUCUUCAGUUCAAGAUUCAAAUUUUGAAUCUGGUGUUUUGCCAGGAGAGCUCAUCACUGAAAUUCUCUUAAGGCUUCAGGUGAAACACCUCUUAAAAUUCAAGUGUGUUUCAAAAUUCUGGCUUGGUUUAAUUUGUAGCCCUGAAUUUGUCAAGAUCCAUCUCCGUAGAUCUGCUAAUGACAAGACCUGCCAUAGGCUUAUGUUGACGUUUGAUUCACCUAAAAAAAAUCUUAAGGACUGUUUCGUUAAUUCUUUAUUUUAUGACUAUGUUACUAAGACAAUUGACGUUGAUUAUCUUCCAAAAAUAUUCUAUGAAUCUAUUAAGUUUGUGGGUUCUGUCAAUGGGUUGAUUUGUGUUGUCAUUGAGGAAAAAGAUGUGUUUCUCUGGAAUCCGUCAAUUAGGAAGCUCAAGAAAUUGCUUAGUUCUGGAACCGAUUCAUUUUACAUGUAUGGUUUUGGAUACGAUGAGCUUCAUGAUGAUCAUAAGGUAAUGGUAACCACCAGAAUUGUGGAUGAUGACAAUUCAGGCUAUAAUGUGGGCAAAAUAUAUAGUCUAAAUAGUAAUUCUUGGAAACGUUUGGAUGAUAUACGAAGUGCGAUUCAAAUUUAUAAAUCAGGUAUGCUUGUGAAUGGGAAGCUUCAUUGGGCAAUUACUAAUAAGCUUUCUAUUAAUUAUUAUGAUUGGGUCAUCCUUGUUGUUGACUUGGUUGAUGGGAGAUGGAAAGAAAUAGAGAACCCACGCUAUGGAGAAGGACCGUUUUAUUCUAUUCCGUACCUCGGUGUAUUAGAAAAUGAACUUUCUAUGAUUUGUCAAUAUACCAUGAAUCAGGAAGUGAAUGCUGAUAUUUGGAACAACGAAUCUACUCCUUGUUGA